CCUCUAUGGUCCAUGGAAAAAUUGAUAGGCACCGUAUUGUAUCGGAGAAUAAUGUCGUGCGAACCAGCCUUAUCGACAAUAAGACAACACCUCUCCAAGUAGGUAAUGGCAAUUUUGCCUUCUCUGUCGAUACUACAGGAAUGCAGACAUAUCUCCCGUUCAAUACAAUGUCUGUUUGGGCGUGGCAUAACGAUACAAUGCCAAAGGGCAGUAUCAAUGACUAUACAGGAGUGCCUGUACUCACUCAUGGACGCAAUGUCUCGUACGAAGUUCCCGACCCAGCCCUCCCCGAUGUAACGCAAUGGUUAAUUGGAAAUCCCAAUCGCGUCAACCUUGGUCGAAUCGGGCUGAGGUAUAAUAAUGACACUCUCAAAGCCGACAAAAUCUCAGACACAUAUCAAAAACUUGAUCUUUGGAAUGGAACGAUUACCUCUACUUUUAAGGUUGACGGCUUCGACGUCAGGAUCGUGACCCAAGGCGACUUCGCUUCGGAUGCCGUCAGUUUUAAAGUUGAAUCCGAGCUGGUUCAAUCUGGCGACCUAGCGGUGGAAAUGGAUUUCCCUUACCCACCAAUUCAUACCACAACAUACAAGUAUGAAGUAUUUGCCGGUGUCUAUAACUUCCCAACCAACCACACGACUAGUAUUGUGCGUCAGCUCUCGGAAAAUGUGGCACAUAUUCGACACGAGAUGCAGGAGACCAAAUAUUUCGUCAACUUGCGUUGGCCCAAGAAGUCUCCUCUUUCUCUGGACAGAUUGGAGCCUGCCAACUCGGAUGCAAUCACCGCUCACCGGUAUACCCUUUCUCAGUCGGUUCAUGGGUCAAAGACGACGCAGUUGUCUUUCACUGCUCAUUUUUCACCUUUCAAAGCAGUCCCAGACACUCCCAAGGCGAUUAUGCAGAAAAACCGUGGCGAUUGGAACGACUAUUGGAAAGAGGGCGGUUUUGUUGAUCUUACGCAGUCUUCCAACCCGAACGCGACCGAGCUUCAACGCCGUAUAAUCCAGUCUCAGUAUCAUGUCCGAGUUAACAGUGCAGGUACGGGGCAACCGCCCCAAGAGAGUGGUCUCAUGAAUAAUGGGUGGUAUGGCAAAUUUCACAUGGAGAUGGUUCUGUGGCAUUGUGCUCAUUGGGUCUCAUGGGGCCGGGAAAAAUACUUUCACAAUAUCUUCCCAGCCUUGUAUGAGUCGCUGUUGCCAAGUUCAAUGGAUAGGGCCAGAAGGAUGGGAUGGAAAGGCGCCCGGUGGCCGAAAAUGACCGAAAUCCUUACCGGUCGAAGCUCACCUGGUACUAUCAAUGGCCUGCUUCUGUGGCAACAGCCACAUCCGAUGUACAUGGCCAAAUUGGCUUAUAAGGCACAGCCGACCAAGCGGACAUUGCAACGCUGGGACCCAAUUCUAGAAGCCACUGCAGAUUAUAUGGCUUCCUACGCGUGGUAUAAUCAAUCCUCUGGAUACUAUGACCUUGGCCCCCCAGCCUAUGGAGUCACAGAAAAUACACCUCCUACGCAGACUCUCAAUCUCGCUUAUGAGAUCGCUUAUUGGCGAUACGGUCUCGAUGUAGCCUGCAAGUGGAAAAAGAGGCUGGGGCGGUCGAUUCCCGAUUCCUGGUCAGAUGUUGCCAGCCGCCUCGCUAAGCCGCCGCAGAUCGAUGGGUUAUAUACGGUCUAUGAAGGUCUCAAUGCCUCUUGGUGGGAAGAUCCUGCACUUAUCGGCGACCCGCGCAGCCUCAACAUGAUGAAGGGAUUCCUCCCAGAUGCUUCCGCUGUUGAUGAAGAAGUUGCACGGCUGACGGCUGACAAAAUCUGGGACAUUUGGCCUGACGCCAAAAUUCGCGGUUGGGGCCGGCCGGUUUUGGCAAUCAACUCAGCUCGAAUUGGGAACCCGGAAAGAGCCAUUCAUCACUUGACUGCAUACGACUAUUGGAAGUUUGAUGAUGCUGGAUUCGCCAUUCGCGGCGGGGAUGGUGGAACACCACCUCCAUUUAUGCCAGGUAAUGCCGGGUUAUUGCUAGCCGUUGCGUACAUGGCCGAAGGAUGGGAUGGAUCUUCGAGCGACGCGCCAGGCUUUCCGAAGAAUGGCGAGUGGGUAGUUGAAAAAGAGAACCUUCGCCAGGCAUUAUGA